CCCUCGGACUCCAGCCAGGAGACUCUCUGGCCCAGUCGCCGCCGGACCGUGCCCAGACGUUCCCGGGCCGAGCCCCUUCUGUCUCGCCCUCAUGGCCCAGCCUCUGCUGCUGGUUCUCUGGCUGGCUCUGGGUGUGGCCCCCGGCGGCGUGGUCGGUGUGGCCCCUGCCGGAACCAGCGAGCCCCCAACCACGCAGACGGUGGCACCCACGGAGGCCGAGACCCUGCAGAACGAGGCAGACAACCAGGAAAACGUCUUGUCUCAGUUGCUGGGAGACUAUGACAAGGUCAAGGCUGUGUCUGAGGGCUCCAACUGCCAGUGCAAAUGUGUGGUGAGGCCCCUGGGCCAGGACGCCUGCAAGAGGGUCAACGCCGGAGCCUCCCAGAAGGAGGACUUCUACACCGUGGAGACCAUCACCUCCGGCUCGUCCUGCAAGUGCGCCUGCGUCGCUCCGCCCUCCGCCCUCAACCCCUGUGAGGGGGACUUCAGGCUCCAGAAGCUUCGGGAGGCCGACAGCCGCGACUUGAAGCUCGCCACCAUCAUAGACAUGCUGGAGGGCGCGUUCUAUGGCCUGGACCUCCUGAAGCUGCAUUCGGUCACCAGCAAGCUGGUGGGGCGCGUGGACAAACUGGAGGAGGAAGUUUCUAAAAACCUCACCAAGGAAAACGAGCAAAUCAAAGAGGACGUGGAAGGAAUUCGUGCCGAGAUGAGCCAGCGCGGCAAGAACUGCUCCCGGGACGCGGCAGCUGGGCUCCCGGAGGCGGAGGCAGGCUCUGCCCUCCAGAGGGACGCGGCCGCCGCCUACGCCCACCCCGAGUAUGAAGAGAGGUUCCUGCGGGAGGAGACCGUGUCCCAGCACGUCAACUCCAUCGAGCUCCUGCGGACGCGGCCACUGGCUCCGCCCGAAAGCCGUGUCCCCCGAGAAGCCGUGUCCCCCGAGAAGCGUGUCCCCCGAGAAGCCGUGUCCCCCGAGAAGUGUGUCCCCCUGGGCCGUGGGCAGUGCAUCGUUCUGGGGGAAGAAACCUUCUUAUCUACCCGCCACGGGUUGUCCGCUCUGGGUCCUGCGCUGGCCAUUCUCUCCGAGUCACGCGAGCCUGUUUGCUCCCCAGAGGACCAGUUCUUCAGUGGUGACAGUGGAGUGGACUUGCUGAUUGAGGACCAGCUGCUGAGACACAACAGCCUGCUGCCCACUGUGCCCCGCAGGCCUGUCUCUGCCGCCUCUGCCUCUGCCCAGCCAGUCCCCACACCACUGCCAGCCACCGUCCCUCCAGCCCCCGGGGGAGAGGCACUCCUCCCACCUCCCACACGGGCCUCAGCCACCACCGCGGCCCACACGGCCAUCCCCCCUCAUCCAGCCCCAGCUGCCCUGCCGGUGGCUCCUGGGGACACACACUCGCCCCCAGUGCCUCCCACCACAGCCAGGACAGACUCCCUGGAGAAGGCUGCGCCUGCUGCGGGCACAGCCUCCGCCAGCCCCACCCUGCACCCGGAGGAGGACGACAUCCGGAACGUCAUAGGAAGGUGCAAGGACACGCUGUCCACCAUCACGGGGCCCACCACCCAGAACACAUACGGGCGGAACGAAGGGGCCUGGAUGAAGGACCCACUGGCCAGCGACGAGCGGAUCUACGUGACCGACUCCUCCUAUGGCAGCACCCUGGUGGAGUUCAGGAACCUGGAGAACUUCAGACAGGGCCGCUGGAGCAACUCGUACAAGCUGCCCUACAGCUGGGCGGGCACAGGGCACGUGGUGUUCGGGGGCGCCUUCUACUACAGCCGCGCCUUCACCCGCACCCUCAUCAAAUACGACCUGCGCCGCCGCUACGUGGCCGCCUGGGCCCUGCUGCCCGACGCGGUCUACGAGGAGGCCACGCCCUGGGGCCGACAGGGCCACUCGGACGUGGACUUUGCCGUGGACGAGAACGGGCUGUGGCUCAUCUACCCCGCCCUGGACGAGGAGAGCUUCAGCCAGGAGGUGAUCGUGCUGAGCAAGCUCAAUGCCGCAGACCUGAGCACGCAGAAGGAGACCACGUGGCGCACGGGGCUCCGCCGGAACCUGUACGGCCACUGCUUCGUCAUCUGCGGGGUGCUGUACGCCGUGGACAGCCACAACCAGCGCAACGCCAACAUCUCCUACGCCUUCGACACCCACACCAACACGCAGAUCGUGCCGCGGCUGCUGUUUGAGAACGAGUAUUCUUACACCACCCAGAUCGACUACAACCCCAAGGACCGGCUGCUCUAUGCCUGGGACAAUGGCCACCAGGUCACCUACCGCGUCAUCUUCGCCUACUGACACCGCGGCCCGAGCAGAUGUGCCCGGGCCACUGCACCUUGUAUGUGCAUGUGCACGUGUGUGUGUGCAUUGCACGUUUGUGUGUGUGCACGAGUGUAUGCAUGUAUGUGUGAAUG